CAGUUUUCUCAUCAAUUCUCAUUGUGAAACUUGAAAAUCAAUUCGCACUUCGCAGGUAGAGAGAGAGAGAGAGAGAGAGAGAGAGAAGGAUCAAUAAGAUUCUUCUUCUCCUCUAAUCUUAAGCUAAUGACGAUGAGUUCGAAUUCAUGGUUUCACUAAAUUUAAUUCAACAUCUCAUGUGAGAUUUGACAUUUCUACCCUUUGCCUCUUCUGAGUUUCAAUGGCGGAUCACUCAGAUUCUUCUCCCCUUGUCCCUCCUCUCCCAAUCUCUGAUCCUUCUGAGAUCGACCUCGAGGCUGGUCCCUCCGAACAAAUCCAAUGCCGGAUUUGUCUCGAAACUGAUGGUAGAGAUUUCAUAGCUCCUUGUAAGUGUAAAGGUACAUCAAAAUAUGUACAUCGUGAAUGUUUGGAUAAUUGGCGAGCUAUUAAGGAAGGGUUUGCAUUUGCUCACUGCACUACAUGCAAGGCUCCUUAUCAUUUGCGUGUUCACGUUGCUGCUGAUAGGAAAUGGCGCACCUUGAAAUUUCGGUUUUUUGUCACCAGAGACAUUUUGUUUAUUUUUCUGACUGUCCAGCUUGUCAUUGCUUCACUGGCGUAUUUGGUUUAUCUAAUAGAUGGUUAUCAGCAGUAUUGGCUUCGUAUUCUCUGGGGUUUUGAAAGUGAACCAAGCUUUUACUACAUAUGUGGAGCUCUAUUGUUUUUUUCCUUGCUUGGCCUUUUUGGGUGCUUCAUUACUUGUUACGAUCGAAGAGUUCGCAAUGAUUUGGCUCAGCCUUGUAGAGAAUUAUGCCUUUGUUGCUGUCAACCUGGAGUUUGUGCAGACUGUCAUUUGCCAGGCACUCUUUGUAUGUGGACUGAUUGCACCACAUGCUUUGAGAGUUGUGGAACCAUGGCAACUGAAUGUGGUGGUUGUUUGGGAGGUGCUGGGGAAGCAGGGUUACCAUUAUUAUUCAUAAUGGCUUUGAUUGUUUUGGGACUUUUUACUGUAAUUGGGAUAUUUUACAGCGUAUUGGUGGCUACCAUGGUAGGUCAACGGAUAUGGCAGCGUCAUUAUCACAUACUUGCAAAAAGGAUGCUAACAAAGGAGUAUGUGGUUGAAGACGUUGAUGGAGAACAGACAGGGUCUGAUUGGUCUCCCCCAUCUCUCCCACCUGAGCACGUUCAGCAGUUGAAAACAUUGGGACUCCUAUGAGUUUGAAGGAGGCAUCAGUCAUCUACUUAAUGACAACAAUGACAAUAGAUAUAGACUGGCCUUCCCUUUGUUUUGGUAAGCUGGUCCUUUUCAUGAAGAUCUACAGUUAAUUGAUUAUAGUAGUGUAAUAGCCGCUCGGUUCAAUUUGGCUAGACUCGCUAGAGUUGUACACUUGUGCUGAUAUGUGAAAAUUUGUAAUUUCUUAUCCGUCUUACUAAUGUAAAGAAAAUGGCAGAGGGUUCUUUGAAAGCCCAAUAAAAGGUUACACGUUU